GGCAGCAAUGAGGUCCUUUGAGUGUAACAUGGCAAACGCCGCCACAUGUUCGUGGUAAACAUCUUUGUUGAAGUGCGUUUUUAAAACCUCGUUUGACGAUGGAGUCUGUAAGUGACACGACAGCGGAGGUGACUUCUACUGUUAUGGACUGCGAUGGAAACACAGACGCGUUUCAGAAAGUGAAGUCGAAGAAGAGUCAUAAACGCAAGCGAGCCUCGUCUGAAGUGAACAUGCAGGAGGAGGAUUCAGUGGCGGCCAAGAGACCGCAGUUCCCGGCCUUAUCUGGAGACCAGCUCAAGGGAGGUGUGGAUGAGAUGCGUAAAGUGUCUGUUCCCGCUCACCGAUACACACCUCUCAAAGAGAACUGGAUGAAGAUAUACACACCCAUCGUGGAGAACCUGCUGCUUCAAGUGCGGUUCAAUCUCAGGACAAGACACGUCGAGAUCAAAACGUGUAAAGAAACUCAAGACAUCAGUUCUCUGACCAGAGCUGCAGACUUCGUCAAGGCGUUCGUCCUGGGCUUUCAGGUGGAGGACGCGCUCGCUCUGAUCAGACUAGAUGAGCUGUUUUUGGAAACGUUUGAUGUCACAGAUGUUAAACCUCUGAAAGGAGAUCAUUUAUCCAGAGCCAUCGGCAGGAUAGCAGGGAAAGGAGGAAAAACCAAGUUUACCAUCGAGAACGUGACGAAAACCCGGAUUGUGCUCGCAGACACGAAGGUUCAUAUAUUGGGAUCUUUCCAGAAUAUUAAAAUGGCACGGACAGCGAUAUGCAACCUUAUUCUCGGGAGUCCACCAUCGAAGGUGUACAGCAACAUCCGUGCCGUGGCGAGUCGCUCAGCGGAGAGGUUUUAAAACCCUUUCUCACAUCAUGAACUGAUCCAGAAACACUGCAGAUAUAUCUAUAUAUCUCUCACAAUAUCCCCGAAGCAGACGAUGAACGAUCUCGAACACCAAUGGACCGACUCCUCAUCAAUGCAUCAUCACUGAUCCUUAAGAGAAUAAACACAUCAUGAAUGAAAACGCGUGUGGAUCCAUUCAGUAGUCAAGUUUUAAAUGUUUAUUGUUUCAUAUAGUAUCAUCAAGUAGUCCAUAUAUCCCACAGAAGUUAAUUUGAUGCAGCAUGCAGAAUAGACAUCCCAUAACUGA